GUUUCAAACAACGUGAUAAUAUCUAUAUGUUCUAUAUAUCCUAACGUCCUCACUAAUUUCAACUUCGUUAUGCAAUUAUUAUUUGCAAUUAUUAUUACCCUACAAGCAUCGUCAAAUCGACAACUCAACAAAUAUGGCCAACCUCUUCGGACAGCCUUACCUUCACUUAACGGUCUCUAACCUACGAAACAUGCUCAUGCUCGUCAGUCUUGAUUUCGACGAAGCAAAUGACACCAAGGAAGAUCUCUUCGCGUUAGCCCAGGAUUUUGAAAGCAGCCUACCAGCUCGGACCCGUCAGCAAAUCGAAGACUCUCUAUACGACCUCAUGUAUCGAAGACGAAGCUUGAAAGCCAAAGAAUCGGAGUUCCAGGCUCUACUUACUCGUAUCAGCGCCAGAGAGGAUGAUGUGGACGACGAGGAGGUCGAGGUCGAGGAGAUGAGGAUUUGUGCGGUAUGUGAGGAUGAGCUGCCGAUUGCUAACUUUCCAUAUCUCAAUAUCACGAACUCUUGCACACACGAAGCGGAUGUCUGCUUGACCUGCCUCCGAGAGCACAUCAGAGUGCAGAUGCUGGAUAGAACUGUCGACAGGCUGAGUUGUCCUGGCGGUCCGUUGUGCGCGGAGAGAUUAACGAGCGAGGAUGUGCAGCGCUGGGCUACAGCUGAACUUUUCGUUGCGUAUUCCGACAACGCCUUGACCGAGCUUUUUCGGCUCGACCCGAAUUUUCAUCACUGCUUAGGUCCCGAUUGCGGGGCAGGUCAGAUCAUCGAGCAGCAGGAUGCUAUACUGAUGGUAUGCGAAGCUUGCGCUUUUAUGACUUGUAUCCGGCAUCAGCUUCCUUGGCACACAGGCCAAACCUGCGAACAGUAUGAUCUCCAGCUCAUGGAAAAUGCUCGCCAUGAGCAAGAGAAUGCGGCGUCUGGAGAUGAGAUUCGUGUCAAUACGAGGCCGUGUCGACAGUGCGGAACACGAAUAUGCAGAACUGUGGGGUGUGAUCAUAUGACAUGUCGACUGUGUAAUUGUGAGUUCUGUUGGGGCUGUGGAAGACUUUGGGCAACAGCUCGUGCCCUGCAUGGAAUCACAUGUACAAUGCCGACUGCAUGGCAUAUAGUAGACGACGAUCCAGACGAGUUGUAGAUUGGAAGUUUGAUUCUUACG